CGGGAAGUUUGACAUAAGCAAGGACUAAGAUAUCGUUAAUAAUAACAUGUAACAGAUAAAACCAAUGCGAUUAUAUCUUAAAGCGUACCUGUAUAAUGUCACAGACAACUUUUCUGGAGAAUGUUAUCAGCUGGAGUAAAGGAAAAUGUGAAGAAAACAUAGAUGAAGCACUUCCAAAACUGAUUAUCUGCCUCGGUGAUGCAAGCACUCUAGAAGAAAGCAUUGGAAUCCUUAAAAUUGUAUGUCAGACAUUUUUGCCACUAGUUAAACAACAUGAAGCAGAGGAAAAGGUUUUCAGCAAAAUAUCAAGUCUGACCUGUUCGAGAUUUGAUGACAUUAUUGAAAAGAUUACUGAACAAACUUCCAGUAACGCCAGUGCUCCUCAGAUUAGCUCUCUACUUGAGAUGGUAUUUAAUGUGCUGGACUGCCUAGAUAGUUGUAUUACAUCCAUUUCCAGUUACAAAGAUCUGCAUCUCUUUCACAUACAUUCAUUGCCAAGCUGUACUAUUCAUCUGCUCAAAGGGACAUAUGGUCACUGCAAGGGUAGUGCAGAAUUUUAUCAAGAUUUGCUGGGUACGCUUUCAGAGUCCCUGUCCAUGUUAUUCCGCAAAGCCCAUACAGUACAAAUGGCUUUUCUUAACAUGUUUGACAAAGUCAUAGCUUUGUGUAAUGAAGAGGACGUGCAAGAUUUAUGUGAUGUAUGUGAAGGUCUGUUUGACGUUUGCCAGAUAGUGACAUCACUUGACGUCAAAGUUGUGGUCAGUAUCUGGAAAGCAAUUUCAAGAAUAUCAUCUCAACACAAAGAUGUUUUGAAGAAGAAGCUGAAUGUUUUCAAGAUGAUCGUGUACCUCUGUCAGGAAAUCAAGUCUGGUUACGAGUAUGUUUUCCAGCUAGCACUUGUCCUGGACACUGAAGGAGUGGUGCAGUCUCAAGGAGAUGAAAAGGCAUUCAAAAAAUCGGUGAAGAUUCUUGGGUUCUACAUGAAGAUUUUGGUGGUGUUCGUUAAAGACUAUAAAGAAUUUUCAGGAGUCUGUGUAACUGAAGUAUUUAACCUGAUGCUUGAUAUUUUAAAAAUGCUACCGCCAUGUUUAUCAAGACCAAAGAUUCCAGAUCGGUACACGGAUGAAGUGAAAUUAAACCUUGGAGAUGCUGUUGGUCCACUGCUGGAGAAUCUUACGAUGAAUCAGGCUUUUAUUAAAUGUGUUACCCAUGAAACUGAUGUUGUUAAAGAUUUGAGAUUACCAAGACUGCUUCUGCAAAUUCAGAUUCUAGACAUGUUGCCAAAGUAUUCUGAUGAUGAGCAAAGAUGCUGGUUACAUCCCAGUUUGCCAACAGAAGAUUCAAAUAAUGUUGAUAUAGUAACUGCAGUUUUCAGAAGUGCUGGACAGUGUUUUGUAGAACUUGCUCUUCCAGUUUACCUGCCUGGUGUAGUUUCAAGUGGAAAACAACAAAGGGAUGUUAGCCUCUAUGAAUAUGUUUGUACAAAAUUGUGUGGCUUCAUUGGCAGUUAUCCUGCAAAAUAUUUCUCAGUGCUGGAAAGAAGUCUUCUUCAAAAUGCAUUUUCAACAAAUCCAUUUAUGUCACUGUUGGCUGUAGAUUGUUGGUGCUUCCUGGUGAGGUAUGGCAGUGCUGAGCUCUGUAAUAUACAUGUCAUGCUCCUGUGUCACCUUCACAGAAGAAUUUACUCCACCAGCCUCGAGUGUAUGAAGACGACACAGCUAGGGAUUCUCAUUCACAGACUGGCUAAGUUUCUUGCUCCUGAACAUCAGCAAGAGCUGCCAAAGAUGUUUGUGCCCUGUGAUAAUUUGGCACUAUGGACAGAACUGCCAUUGGCUGCUAUGCAAGCCAGAAUAGUUCCAGAUCUGAUGGAGGAUCUGGUUACCAGUUGUACAAAAAUACUUCACAACUGGAUCAACUAUUCAAAUAAAACCCAGAAUGACGUUCCUCAUGUGGUUGUAGCUUUGCGCUGUCUGAACAACAUUUUCUCAAAUUCUGCUUUCUUGGAGCAGUACGUCUUGCAAAAACCGCAGCAACUGGUGGUGAACAAAGUGUGUGAAAUGUGGAGGCUGCUGACUUGCAAUGAAUGGGAUUUGACUGUUCCACUUGGUUACCUGAUAUCCUCCCUGAUCCUGCUCAGUUCACUGCUCAUCUCAUGGUUCCAGACGUCAGAUAUCUUACAGAUACUGUCUCUUAUCCAAAAGGUUCUUUCGCAGCAAGCAUCUGUCUUAAUAAGGCUGUCUGUUGUGAAGUUUUUAGAGAAAUGUGGAUCACUAAAAAUAUCACCAAGUUUUCAGCAAUCUCAGAUACUAAACAAGAUCCCGGAUGUUUUUCGAACGGUUCUGCUGGACUCGAACUGCGUGGUUCACCAUGAAGCACUCAAUGCGUUUGCCAAGUUUGCUGAACAGACGAUCCACGAGUCAGUGGUUCCACAGUGUAUAGGAAACAAUGCACAUCUUCAGGACGUCGUCGUUUCCUUCUUGAACAAAGUUCCUUAUCAAGCUGGAAAACACUCUGUGGGGAAAACUGAAUAUUUGUCUUCUCAGAUGGAUUUCAUAGAUCACCCACAGAAUCACUGCCAUUCCCAUACAUCAAAAAACGACACUGAACCUCCAAGGAAACGAUUGAAAAUGGAUAUCUGUCCUCAAAACGACGAUGACUACAAGAAAGUGUUAGGAAAGUUUCAGUCGGUUUUCACAGACUUGCAACAACUUUCUCUUAUUGGCAAACCACCUGAAUGGUUUCUUCAAAGUGGAGGUACCAUCCUUGAACAAAUGCUACAGAUUUUUAACAAAAAGACUGUUAUGGAUAAUUCUUAGAAAUUAUAUCCCAUAAGUUAUAAAAGUGUUAUUGCAUUUUUGUAGCACCACCUGGCUAUUGGUUUUAGACCCAUCUAUAUAUUGAUCUCCCCACACAUGAUCAUUAAAAAAACUAUCACAAAUCUAGUGGUCCAGACUACCAACUGCCAGCACAAAGUUGGCCAACUUUCUGCUGUCACGUCUACGAUUGUCCAGUUGUUAGUCUGAAUGCUUUUACAACUUGAUUCUUAUUGUAUAAAUCCAUUAUCAUCCAUUACAGGCAUUUGUAGCAGAUAUCAAUGGCAUUAUAAUUUGCAAUAUUCUCCUAGAAGAUAUCGCUUAUUUUGUUAUGUCACUGUGUAUGUUUCAGCGCUAAACAUAUCAUUAAUGAUGUCACACCACUGUUGUUCUGCUAGUUAACGAAUCUACUGCUGCCAAAUAUAGUGACAUUCAACCCAC